AUGGAGAAUGUGCUCACUGCUCAGUCGGUGGUGGAGGCUGUGCACGCUGGUGGAGGCUUCAAGCUGGUGGAGGAUGUGCUCGUCGCUGGUGGAGGCUGUGCUCGUUGGUGGAGGAUAUGCUCGCUGGUGGACACUGUGGUCGCUGGUGGAUGGUUCUCCGAUGAUCUUCCUCGUCGGAGAGUGGUUGAGGAGGAGGAGAGAGAUGAGCAGUUAU